UCAAAAGAAAAAUACGAAAGGUCUCGGCGGUCGCGGUAAAUUGACAGUUAAGCUCAUCGACGAGCUUACUAUUUAUUACGGGCUUGCAAUCAGGAGAAACACAGGGUCAGUAGAAAAAAUGAGAAAUAAAAUUUGGGCGACCUUAUUUCAUAAAAUUUCUACUGACGAAAAGCCGCAACAUGAGAAGUGUCCGGCCGGAGCAGACUCUUGGUGCUCUUGGCAGCGCAGUAAAGCGCUGGGUUCCCUAGCAACUUCCGAACACAAGCCUGCCAUGCAUGAGGAUGUCUUCAAGGCCAUACAACCAAUUUAUAAAGAGCUUAGCUCUGAUGACCUUCUUUCGCGCUGCUUGGAUGGAUACACACAAAAUACGAAUGAAUCAUUCAAUGCAGUCGUGUGGUCCAUCGCGCCGAAAAGUGUGUCGAGCGGCAAGACUGUGCUCGAUAUCGCAACGGAUAUCGCAAUUAUUUUAUUCAAUGAUGGAAUGUCGGGCCUUUUCGUCAUUUAUGAUACAUUAGGAUUGACAACGGGACCAAAUUUUUACGAUUUCUGCUUGGAAACCGACGCUGAGCGAAUCAAGGCUGCCGAGCGCUCGAUCUCCAAUGUCGCAAAAGAGGCGAGACGCGGAAUCCUAGCGUCAAGGAAAGACGAGGAGGAGCAAUCUACGGCCUUGGAAGGUCAACUAUAUGGUGCUGGGAUAGCAGAGUGAAGAUGCUGAUGGGGCUGCGUAAUGUGUCCGGCCGCGGAACAUCUUUUUAAAAUACUACAUAACUUAUCAUGUUCUAGAGCCGCCAUUUUGUUUUAAAUUUCAAAUAAAAAAAUUUUUUUGUACUCUUGAAGAGUUGCC